AUGAAUGCCGAAGAGCGAGACCUCCAGCUAUAUCCUAUCGUCCCGGAGAACCUAAUAGCAAACUCCAAGACAAUCUCCGACCUUCAAUCCCUAUCGUCCUCCCUUCUCGGAAUCGCUGCGGGUAUCUUAGGCCUAGAAUCCUACACCGGCUUUCUUUUCUAUCUUCUCGGUACACUGUUUGUCAGCACGUUAAUAGUUACCUUCGUCAUGGGUGGAAAGCCAGAAGUUUACAGUCGCGGUGGAUGGAAAGACGUCAUCGCGGCUGAUGUCACGGGUGGAGUCAUGGGCUUUGUAUUAACGUGGACGUUGUUCUUUGGCCUGGUGAGGGUGUAG